AUGGAGGAGGGAUCCAGCUCGCCUGUGUCCCCCGUGGACAGUCUGGGCACCAGCGAGGAAGAGCUGGAGCGGCAGCCCAAGCGCUUCGGCCGGAAGCGGCGCUACAGCAAGAAGUCAAGCGAAGAUGGCAGCCCGACCCCAGGCAAGCGCGGCAAGAAGGGCAGUCCGAGCGCGCAGUCCUUCGAGGAGUUGCAGAGCCAGCGCAUCCUGGCCAACGUGCGCGAGCGUCAGCGCACUCAGUCGCUCAACGAGGCCUUCGCCGCUCUGCGCAAGAUCAUCCCCACGCUCCCCUCUGACAAGCUCAGCAAGAUCCAGACGCUCAAGCUGGCCGCCAGGUACAUAGACUUCCUCUACCAGGUUCUGCAGAGCGACGAGAUGGACAAUAAGAUGACCAGCUGCAGCUACGUGGCUCACGAGCGUCUCAGUUACGCCUUCUCCGUGUGGCGCAUGGAGGGAGCGUGGUCCAUGUCCGCCUCCCACUAGCGCCGCGCCGCACCACCCACCUCCGGACCCGCACGCCAGGACCUGCCUGCACAUCUCAGGCAAAAGUGGAACCGGAUGCGUCCGCGGCUCUGACUUCUGGCACCUGGACAACCUCGUUGCUCCUCAUGCCCCCAGUGCCCCAGCUGAGUGUUCAGAGGGGACAGCAUCGGCAUGGGACAGCAACCCAGGUUCACAUCCUUCUCAGAGACACCCAUGGGAUGGGCACCAGCCUACCUGCCAGUGACUU